AGACAGCAACCCGUCACACAUAUCAAAGACUAUGUUCGGCUACAAGAAGUACCCUACCCCCAUCCUCCGCCCUCUGUGGCCUUUCUUCGCUGGAGGUGCCAUCGUUGUCUUUGGUGUUAACUCUAUCGCCGACGCCAUGAUGAAGUCUGACCAAUACAAGGACGACCCCCGCAACCCCUACUUGAAGCGCGCUCAGAAGGAGGCC